CACUGUUGAGAUUAUGCUACCUGGAAGUAUGGAUGUUCAAUGCCCUACUGUGGGAAAGUCAUUCUCUCAAUCCUCUUUUUCUUUCUUCCUUUGGCGCCGCUGAGAGAGGUUGUCCGUGAGAUUCCAGGCAUCAUUAUCCUGACCAAGGUUCCCCCUUUCCCGAAACUCUCACGUAAGACGAUGGCAGGGUUUAUGACAGAGUUCACAAAUCCUGCUCACACUAACAAGGUUACCAACAACUGGAACAAAGAGCUGAUUACCGCUUUCGGUCAAAGCUUUCACUGAUGCCUAGCUUCCAAUCGCAAUAAAGCUCUCUGUGGCCCACAACAUUCCAGCACCAGACAACAACACUCGCAACCACCACCACCCAGGCACACCUAUCCAUUACAAUGAAUUCUCCAACCUCAAUAAACCCCUUCUGGGGCCCGCCAACGUCCCAUGCAAAUUUCUGCGAAGAGGAUUACACCAUCACCCGCUACAUCGCCGAACUCAUCAACACCCUAACCAACAUCACCUAC